AUGAGAGGAUCUACAAAUAGAAGAGGAGCUGUUGAAGAGGCUCUUCCUGCUACCCCUCAGGGGACUCCAGGAUCUAGUGCAACAAAGAAAAGGAGAGGGAGGGAGGGCAAGGCGCAUGAAUGCAUUCCAGUCUCUGAGUCUAAGAAGAGAGGUGAAAGACCGAUUGCCAAAGCAGAUGGUGGAAGCUCUUCGCAGCCAUCAGAAGCUGGAGAAGUAAUAUCGGCCUUGAUCAGUACAAAUGAGCUGGUGAUGCUGGAAUCUCAACACAUCUCACAGCCUGCUUCAACCGUGGGCACUAGAAGUUCACGAGGGAAGAGAGGUCGAGUGAACGCCUCAGCUGCGACAGAGAUUGCUGAAGCGGGGUCAAGCCAGGCGAAGAGAAGGAACCAAAAGAGAGCUGCUGAUGUUUCGGAAUCACCUGUAGCAGACGUAGAACAAUCCAAAACCUCUACAAUACCCGAAUUCACCCCUGUCUCUGAACCUGUUGAGAGAGUGAGAACGAGAGGGAAAGCAGAUUGUGCCAUUGUUGCCGAAUCAUCAGAUGUUGGACAGGAAGCCUCAGCAUUAAUCAUAAGCAGGAAACCACAUAGAAGACCACAUCGAAUGGUGUCUGCAGACACACCACUGGCGGCUCCAAGUCAGGAGAAAACAAGAACCAGAGGGGAGAGAGGCCACUUGAAAACUUCUGGAACAGAGGAAACUGCAGAAGCAGGAUCAAGUCAGGGAAGGAGUACAAGACGAAAGAAAAUCAUUGAUUUGUCAGAAAAGCAUGAAAAAAAAAUUGUAGGAAGCCAAGUCACCGAAAUAUCAGAAACCACCCCUGUAUCUGAACUUCCCAAGAGAGGGGGAAGGACGGGAAGGAAAGCUGCCGACCUCGUCAUAGUGGAAUCAUCCGAAACCGUAGAGAGGGCUCUAGAAUUUCUCAAAAACAAAAGACCACUGCAUUUUCAAUUGGUAGAUACACCAUUAGCAACUCCAAGUCAAGACACCAGCGAACAGGAGAGAGGCAGAACCACUGUCUCUGAUGCUGGCGAUGAUGAAGAACCCCUAUCGACAGGGAAGCAACAAUCCUGUAUUGAUCAAACCACUUCUGCUUUUCCUGAAAACAGGAUAGAAUAUACUGAGGCAUCACAGACUCGUAAGGGCGAAAGGGCUCCAAGAAAGGUUGAACGAGAGGCUGCAGGUGAUAAAGGCGAUAAUGAUGUGUUCCCUACUCGAAACAGUACUAGAAAGAAGGCGACAUGCUCUACACCCAAAGCGCACAAGGGACGGAUCACCAGGGUUUGCAGAGCUGGUCAGGUGGCAGAAGAAGGCAAAUCAUCCCCUCAACAGCAAGGCAAAGCUGUUACCCGUCGAGGGAGAGAGAUGAAGGCAGUAGAAAAGCCGUAA